CUCAGCAUGGCGGCUGCGGCGCUGCGCGGGGCUCGGGGCUCGGCCUGGCGCUGGGGGCAGAGAUGCUACGUGGCUGCCGGGGGGCAGGAUGGGGAGGUGCAGAAGGCUCAGCGGGCAGCUGAGGCCAGUGAGGGGCCAGGCCAGCGGCCCCCGACCAUCUUCAGCAAGAUCAUCGACCGCACCAUCCGGGCCGACAUCCUCUACGAAGAUGACAAGUGCCUCGCCUUCCGGGACGUGGCCCCGCAGGCCCCCGUGCAUUUCCUGGUGAUCCCCAAGCGCCCCAUCCCCAGGCUGAGCCGCGUGGCCGCGGGGGACGCAGAGCUCCUGGGGCACCUGCUGCUGGUGGCCAGUCAGACGGCGACGGUGGAGGGGCUGGUGGAUGGCUACCGAGUGGUGAUCAACGACGGGAAGCAGGGGUCUCAGUCCGUCUACCACCUGCACUUGCACGUGCUGGGCGGGCGUCAGAUGGGCUGGCCCCCGGGCUGAGCUGCAGCUGGAGAGACGGGAGCAGCGGACGCAGCGCCAGCCCCGCUGGGCAAACCCGCUCCUCAAUUAAAGUGCUGUGAGAGGG